CACGCUGAUUCUCAGUCUCAUUCAGGCCUUGUUGACGUUCGGUUUCAUAUCUUCAUCGCUCUCACAGUCACGAUGCCGACUAUUAAACUGCAGAGCUCUGAUGGAGAGAUGUUUGAGGUGGAUGUUGAAAUCGCCAAGCAGUCUGUGACUAUCAAAACCAUGCUUGAAGAUCUGGGGAUGGACGAUGAAGGAGAUGAUGAUCCGGUUCCUCUGCCCAAUGUAAACGCAGCCAUCCUGAAGAAGGUGAUUCAGUGGUGCACCCACCAUAAAGACGACCCUCCUCCACCCGAAGACGACGAGAAUAAAGAGAAAAGAACGGAUGACAUUCCCGUGUGGGAUCAGGAGUUCCUCAAAGUAGACCAGGGCACUCUCUUCGAACUCAUUCUGGCUGCAAAUUACUUGGACAUCAAAGGUUUGCUAGAUGUGACCUGCAAGACGGUGGCGAACAUGAUCAAAGGCAAAACCCCAGAGGAGAUCAGAAAGACGUUCAAUAUCAAAAAUGAUUUCACAGAGGAAGAGGAAGCCCAGGUACGCAAGGAGAACCAGUGGUGUGAAGAGAAGUGAAGCAUCCUGACACACUUUAACACUAUGGAUCGGUCCAAAAAAACGUAAAAAAAAGUAAUUAAAAAAAUUGCACUGCGCUGUUCAUAUUUAACACAAAUAAACAGUCAAAUCCCAUGUGUUUUGCUAGCAUGUGUGGUGUAAAAGCUUUUUUGUUAAACCACCAUUUCCUUUUCUCAUUUUCUCACUGGAACUAGUAACCCAUGUAGAGAAAACACUCCCUUCGCCACAGUUUUUAUUUUUAACUGAGCUCGUCGCCAAACGGCUGAUUUGGAUUUCUUCUUUUUUUUUUUUAUAUAUGAACAUUUUAUAAGCAGCCUGAUUUGUGCUGACGAGAGAUCAGUGUUGGAAAGAUGUAUAAAACGUGUGUUGUGAACUGGAAGUACUUGUGUCUGCUUUCACUUGGUUUUCUUUGCUUCAUUGUAUAGGACUGAAAGUCACAGUUCUGCUCGGAAAUGGCAGGCAAUUAGGAUUAUAAAUCUUUUAAUUCCAAAAAAUAAAACGAUUAUUGUGGG